AAGCAAAGAGUGGCAGCAUCGACUCCGUGUGUUCAGUGUUGUGUUGACCCGUGAGUAUGGAGGGUGGAUUUCGCGUUAUGUUGAGCGAUAUCGGGGCAUGUGUGAUGGCUCCUGUCAUUGCAUUCAAUGAUUGAUAUCCGAGAUCGUAAAGUUCGAUGUGUUUAUUCUCAUGGUAUGGCAAUUUUAUUUCUAUGAGUCGAUCUGAAAUGGUGAAAUAAAUAAAUACCGCGAAGUGUGCCGAAUAGUGCGGAAGGUUUAGUAAGAUCGGAUGAUUUUUUUUACAACUUGUAAAAUCUUGGAGCGAAGAAGAAGGCGAUGUGGCCAGUGACAGAGGCUGAGUUAGUGUGUGGAUGGCAGUAAUGAUGCAAGCCAACAGCAAGAUGCAGCAUCACAACCACCAUCCCCGACAACAGAACAUAACAAAACCGGACACGCAAGGCGGGUGCGUGUGCGGCUGGGUGUACGGGACGCUGGUGUUCGUGGUGGCUCUGGCCGUGUACUGGAACGCCCUCAGCUGCAGCUUCGUCUUCGAUGACAUCUCCGCCAUCAAGGAGAACCGCGACCUGCGGCCCCACACCCCCAUCACCAACCUCUUCCUCCAUGAUUUCUGGGGGACGCCCAUGCAGAAGGAGCAAAGUCACAAGUCGUAUCGGCCUCUGUGCGUGUUGACCUUCCGCCUCAACUACCUGAUCCACGGCUUGGAGCCCCUGGGUUACCACCUGGUCAAUAUGCUCCUCCACGGGGUCGUUUGCAUCCUUUACUACAGAAUGUGCAGCAUGUUCCUGCCUGAACUGUCGAGCUUCUUGGCGUCCCUGCUGUUCGCUGUGCAUCCCAUACACACCGAGGCUGUGACCGGCGUGGUCGGCCGAGCGGAAACACUGUCUUCACUCUUCUUCCUGGGGGCGCUCGUGGCCUACUCGGGCGCCACCACCCGCCAGGUGAGGGGGCCCCGUGGCGUGCGGGUGGCCACCGACUGGAGGCUGCUGGUCCUGGCCAUGCUCUUGGCCACCACCGCCAUGCUGUGCAAGGAGCAGGGCAUCACCAUCAUCGCCAUCUGCGCCGUCUACGAGCUCUUCAUCGUGCAGAAGGUAGAAUGUGAAAACCAAUUUUUGAGCUUGUCACAUAAAAUACCGACAAAUGCCCUUUUCCUCCAUGGAUCGCUCACCGGCGAGCAACAGCGUGAGCACCGGACUAUAGGAAUUCUACGUAAGGAUUUUCCUACCUGUAUGCUAUCAAGAAAGCUUCCCCAAUCUCGUUCUAAGUAUCUUGUUCGGGACUACUCUCAAAGUUCUAUUAAGUUACAAGAUUCAGAGGAAAAGUUUCCAUCUGCUUUCGAUUCGUUCUUCGUCAAGGACUUUCAGCAAUUUCCUGCCGACGUAAUGAUCGUUUUAAGGACAUGGGGCGUCCCGAUGGACCAGCGGUUGUCACGACGGUCUCCUGGGAUGAGGCCUGACAGCUUCCCUCACGCUUUGAACGCGACUUUCGACGUUCGGAAGCCGCAGCGUAAGGCCCGCUUUGCCUUGUCGCCGCCUCGCCAAUGGCUACGAGAGCGGUUAUUACUUCGUGUUAUGACGAAAGAAGCUCAGGAGGUUUACGAGAGGGCGCUUUUCUACGACAGCACCAACCCGGAUAUAUACUACAAUCUCGGCGUGGUGCUGCUUGAGCAGGGGCGGCCGCAGCAAGCGUUGGCGUACCUGGACAAGGCGCUCGAGAUGGAUCCAGAUCAUCAGCAGGCGCUCUUGAACUCGGCGGUUCUUAUACAGGAGUCCGGCAACGGGGAGCUGCGCCCCCUCGCCUACCAGCGCCUCCUCCGCCUGGUGCAGCGCGACCCCCUCAACGAGCGCAUCUUCUUCAACCUGGGCAUGAUCGCGAUGGACGACGGGGACUACAGGAACGCCGAGAAUUGGUUCAGGAAGGCCAUCGAGCUGAAGGAGGACUUCCGGUCGGCGCUGUUCAACCUGGCGCUGCUCCUGACGGACGACAUGCGGCCCCUGGAGGCGGCGCCCUUCCUCAACCAGCUGGUCAAGCACCACCCCGACCACGUCAAGGGCCUCAUCCUCCUCGGCGACAUCUACAUCAACAACAUCAAGGACCUGGACGCCGCCGAGAAGUGCUACGAGCGCAUCCUGGCCGUGGAGCCGAGCAACGUGCAGGGCCUGCACAAUCUGUGCGUGGUGUACGUGGAACGCGGCGAGCUGUCGGCCGCCGAGACGUGCCUGAGUCGCGCGCACGCCAUGGCGCCCCACGAGGACUACAUCCUCCGCCACCUCAAGAUCGUGCGCUCGCGCCUCGCAAAGUUCUCGCAGAUGCAGCAGCAGCAGCAGGCCGCGGGCGCCCAGGACAGGGCGGCGUCGGCGCCUGAUGCAGGCGAGGGCGUCGCCGACGGAGGCUCUGACGCCAGCGCCACCAGACCCAAAAAGACUGUCUUUAUAACAAAAAAUAGUGAUAGUAAUAGUAAAAAUACAGAGAAACAGCCUACGCCAAUGAUGGAGGCGACGCUAAAAAGUGAAGCGAGUGACUCGUUAUCGUAAGACUGGAUCAUUGUCGAAAGCAUGCCAAAGGUUCUACAGUCAUUAGAAGGUAUAAGAGUUGCAUGGUCGUCCGCGGCGAGGCAGACGGCCGGCCGAGCUCUCGCCAUGGUCCUUCAGGGGGAGGGGCAGGGGGAGGGGGCGGCGCAAGGGGCGAGGCGAGGAGCGUCUUGUCCCCGCCUUCCGUAAUCCCUCCCCCACCCCCGCCCCCUCCCAUAUCGUUGUCCAGCGAGAGAGAGAGGGAAAAGGGGCGCCAUCCACACCGUGUUUCGACGUCUCUGGGUCGAGGACGAAGGGGAAACGAAGUCGAAUGUGAUCUCAACCUCGCCGCGUUUCGUUUCGAGUUAAAGGUGUUUUUCUUUUGGUAAUGGAAGAAUCUUCGCGUGGUCAGACUUUCAAAAGAGGGACAAAAGGAUCCGAGAAAGAAACGCCGUGGAAGGGAUUUCAAAGGAAGGGAAAGGAAAAGCGAAGGAAAAACUCGAUAGUGAGAACUUCCAGUGCAGGAAAAAAGGAAUUGUGUGCGAGGAAGGCCCUUAGUGAAGUGUCCUCCCCUGGGUGUGCCAGUCCAGGGCGUGGUAUGAACUCCUUAUCCCAUCCACAAUGGCACAGCACAGCGUCACGUUGCGCUUGCCUGCAGUGACAGUGCCGGACCUCACAGGUUACAGGGACCUUAACAAAAGAAAGAACUUCAGUGUAUUCGAGGCUGCGUCGUGGCCACCUAUCCAGGAACAAUUGUUUGCUAUAUAAAAAAAAGUAAAAAAAAAAAAUGCAGUGUGUGAAUGAGUCAUCACAUAGUCCUUCUUCUACAUGGCGACCGUUGUCCAAUAGCGUUUUAUGCGUAGGGGAGAGACUUGUAUUUAUCCACAGUAAUUACAUUAUACUUGCUUUUUUAUAAAAGGAUUUGUCUUGCAGAAAGGGAGAUGAGCCAAGCUUGUCAUUUGGAAGAAAAAAAAAAUGAAACACACUUGCCUAAUUGACGGAAGGGUUAUUACUUCUAACGUUGGGAAGGACAGGAACACUUCCUGCUGUUAACUGAUAACGAAGGCUGGUAGACACCUGCAAAACAUUGGCUGGUUAUGGUUCAACUAACGUCACUAGCGUCCCUUGUCUUUGUAGUAGCGCUUGCUUUUGCGUGGGCGUUUGACCUUAUUCCUGGCCGGAAUGAACUUCGGAGGUAGACAUCGGGGGAGCGAGCAAGAGCCCAGCCCGUGGAGGUUGAUGGAGGCCGUAUGUGAUUUAUUCUUUGAUAUUGCUAGAGAGGGCAAAUAGAUCCUUUUUAUAUAUGUAAAUGAUUUUAAUCACGCUGUAUUUCUUCUUCAUUUUUCUCACUUUAAAAAGCAUAAAAAAGCUGUUUGGUUUUAGAUAUGAAAUAUCAGAUCCUUUUUUAAAACUGAGUUGAUGGAUUGAGAAUCCAGAAUGUGUUGAUAUCUAAUUUUGAAAAUGAUUGCUAAUUCAUAUAAUAAAUAUUAUUAUUGAGUCA